GUUUAAACGGGACGGUAAUCAAUACCCAUUACCCCAUAGUAAUAUCUGCCACAUGAAUAGAAUUCGACGAGCCACAGCGGACUUUGCAAACAAGCAAAAAAUUGUCGCCGACGAAGAGUCUCGGCAACAUGCACUGAAAUUGGGAAAUAAAAUGAAUCAGAAGGUUGUAGAUCCUGUGUACUAUAGUAAGGUAUGGUACCACCUCCUCUCUCAUGGCACCAUGGUGCCCCCUCCUUUAGCAGGCAAGAGACUCAAGGUGAUGGUACUAAUUUCAUAGCAAUCUAU